AUGCUACCAUCACUUCGCAUUCGUCAGUAUAGUAUUUCAUCCUCAUCUUUAUGGAAUUCAGAAGUUGUAACAUUAACAGUCGAUAUUCUUAAUACGCCAGCAUUAAGUGGAGUUGUACAAUAUUAUGGUGUUACAUCAAAUUAUCUUUCAAGUUUAAAAGAAGGUAAUCGAAUCAGUUGUAAUGUGCGAGCAAGUAAUCUGGCAUUCCAUCCACCUGAAGAUACAAAAACACCAAUUGUAAUGAUUGCCGCUGGAACUGGAAUUGCACCAUUUUGUGGAUUUGUUCAAGAACGAGCAGAACAAUCAGUAUGUGGAAGAGAAAUUGGCCGUACAAUACUUUCGUAUGGAUGUCGAUGA